ACGGCGAAAGACCAAAUAAAAAAAAGCACACCUGAAUUACAAGUCAUCGCCCAUUUUGCCUUUGAAUUGGGAAAAGGUCGCUUCUUUCUUCCAUCCUAGAAUUUACGUUAGGGGGUCGCUUUUGGAGUAGCCAUUAAUUAUUAUUCGUUUCGUCUAUAAAUACCUUUACACUCUCCUCUUCCACGCUCAUCUCAUCAACCCUAAUUAAGCGUGCCUCUCAAUUCAAACAAACUCAUCCAUUUUUCUCUCUUAAUUACUUAUUAAUGGCGACACCAGUAGAAAUCUCGACUCUCGAACUCAUCGAACAACACCUCGUCGGCGAGUUCUUUCCUCUUGACAGCUUUGAUGUCAAUAGCCUCCGCAACACCAACUCGAUUUUCACAGCAUUUGAUUCUACAACCAGUGUUCAAACUGAGGGUUCAAGCUCUCAAUCUUAUUCCUUCUGUUCACAGACUGCAAGCUGUGACUCUACCAUCGUAAUCUCUGAUUACCUGGAUUCCAACGAAGUUAACAACACUCAAUGUUUUGAUUUUGUCCAUAAUUCGAUUAAUUUUGACCAAAACCAAAUAAAUUUCUUUGGAUUUGAGUCGAAGCCUCAAAUAAUCGAUCUUACAACGCCGAAACCAGUGAAUUUGAACAUUCAGUCCAGUUCUAGGUUGAGUUUCAGCGAGCGCAAGCCGUCGUUGAAGAUCGACCUAGCUCCGGUGAAGAAAUUCGAGUGGUUGGAGUUCGGGCAGCCGACUAAGUUAGCAGUUUCCGUAGAGAAACCGUUUACUAGGCACUACAGGGGAGUCCGGCAGAGGCCGUGGGGGAAGUCCGCGGCGGAGAUCAGAGAUCCGAAGCGGCGGGGGUCUAGGGUUUGGUUAGGGACAUUCGACACCGCCAUUGAUGCUGCCAAGGCCUACGAUCGAGCCGCAUUCAAGAUGCGCGGGAGCAAAGCCAUUCUCAACUUCCCUCUCGAAGUAGGAAAAUGGCGUCGCUCCUCCGCCUCCGUCUCCGCCGCUGCCACGGAGGAGAACGGCGGCGCGAAGAGGCAGAGAGAGGCUGAAGAACAAACAGAGGAAAGGUCGGUGAAGAAGGAGAAGUUACCGGAAUCUGACGCGUCGGCGGUGAGUAGUAGUGAAGCCAGUUGUCCAUUAACGCCGUCAAAUUGGAGUGCCGUAUGGGAUCAAAAUGCGAACAGUAUCUUUAACGCCCCGUUGUUUUCGCCAUUGUCUCUUCACCCAAUGUUGGGCUAUGCAUAGCUCAAUGAUCAUAUAUUAGUCAUGGAGGUGUACUCUCUCUGUUGUAUGUAGGAAGGAAUGCGAAACUUUCAAAAACUGGUAACAAGGUUUUUCCAUUGUAUUGUAUUGAAAAUUUUCAGGAAUAUUAUAAUAAUGUGUAGAAAAUUGUUCUAGGCAA